CUGUUUUCGUAUCCAUUUAUCCACUCGCUCCCUGUAACUAUAUCAAUACGACAUCGUUUGGUUCUUCUUUUACUCUCGUAUAUAAUGGCAUUCUCCCUGGUUCUUUUCUGAAGAACGCAAAAACGAGAGAGAGACAGAGAGAGAGUAAAAAUGGUGUCGUUUAGAGGAAUAGCUACGGCGAUCGCCAUCUACGCGACGUUGAUCUCCAUCGCCCUCACCGGAGAAUCCCAGUCCCACGAACUGCGCCCGUCGUAUCACGGACUGGACUACCAGAGCUCGGCGGCGGGAGAAAAGUCGGCGCAGGAAAUGAGGUCGUUCUUUGGCGGAUCUUCGCCCACGUCUACCUCUUCCAACGUGGCGAUGCCGAACGCCAUGGAUUCCAACUCAACCGACAACGACACGUCCUGGUGGUCUGGCCGCGGUAGUCAUGGAGGUGAUCACGUGAGGCAGGUGUUGCUGGUGGCGAGCGUAGCCUGUGGGGUAACAGGUGUCGCCUUGUUUGUGGCCUCCGCUCUACUUUAUAUCUUUAAGUUCCGACGACAAAGAUCACCGGCGGUCCCACAACCGUUGUCGCCUGCAUUAUCAUGUAAUGAUGAUGAAAACAAGCUGCAAAUAGUGGUUCGUGCAUGACCUUUUAUUUUAAUUGUUUUUUGAUCACAAAAAAGACUAUUGCUUUCUUUUUCUUUUGCAUUGCAUGUUAGGUUUUGUUGUACGUUCCACGUUGUCUACCAUACAAGAAUAUAUUUUUAUUAGCCUC